CAAGUGUGCUCUAUAAAACACGCUCACAAUCAGCGUGUGCGCUUUCAGAGGCGUCAUGUCGAGCUGCGAGUGUAAAGGCACGGAGGACCCCGGUCAGGGCAGCAUCCUCUACAGCAUCCUCAACAGAGGCGCUCGGUGCCCGCAGGGAGGCGCGGAGACGCCCGCAGAGCACCAGCUCUGUCCCUGCGCGUCCAAGAGGAAACUAGUGGCCAUUCGGGCUCCGCAGCGAGUUUUCAAAGCGGCCUCCGAAGUGCUCGUAAAAACUUUCAAGUUCGUGAAAAACGUGCCGUGCUUUCGCGGUCUGCCGGCGGAGGACCAGCUCCGGCUCGUGCGCAACAGCUGGGCGCCGCUGCUGGUUCUGGGUUUGGUGCAGGACUGCGUGGACUUCGACACGGUGGAAACGCAGCAGCCCAGUCUGCUGCACAGAAUACUAACGCACGACACAGAGCGACAGGAGCGCGUCGCCGCCGAGGCUCGAGACCCCGGGGUGCCCGUCGGUGAUGUGGAGAGCAUCAAAAUGUUCCUGGUGAAAUGCAGAGGGCUGAGGAUCAGCGUCAAGGAGUACGCCUUUCUGAAGGGAGCCAUACUGUUUACCGCGGCUGAGCUGGAGUGUCGAGACUACAUCCAGGCACUACAGAGAGAGGCAGAACGUGCACUUUACGAGCACGUGAGGACGGUGCACUGGGGGAGCACCGGUCGGUUCGGCAAACUGCGAACGGUCCUGAACACCCUGCGCUCCAUGGACCCGGAGGCGGUGGCAGGACUCUUCUUCAGACCCGUCACUGGGAGGAGCAGCAUAGACGAACACGUGCUCUCUAUGUUCUUUGAGAGGUAGAACCAGAGCAACGGAAGGACACGUUUGGGACCGACUGACUGACACAUCGGUGUUCAUUUAAUGUAUUAUACGUCUGUCUUUAUUUCUUUUUGUGGGGAAGCAGUGCAGACACAUUGACCUGAAUAAAAGAGUGAAUAGCA